AUGUCCGUGUCGACAUGUUUGAAUAAUGAUGCGAAUGGAUUAGAGGAAGGGGAAAGGGAAAGGGAAAAAGAAAAGGAAAAGAAAUCGGAUAGGGAUAGGGAUAGGGAUAAGGAUAAGGAUAAGGAUCAAAAGAUUGAAUAUAAAGGAGAUAGUGAGGAGAGUAUUGAGGUGGAAUAUACCGAGGGUUUGGGGAAGGAGUUAGAGAAAGACGGAGCGCUAGUUUCGGAAAAAGAAGAGGAGGGCGCGAGGACGGGAGAUACUGAAAUUGAGAGGGAGGAUAAGGAUAGAAGUACGGAGAAGGAAGCGCAUCAUCACCACGGUUUGCCAAAGGGCUGGACGGCCAUGAAAGAAUUAAAAGGGAAGCAGAAGCGGAAGCAGAAGCGGGAACAGAAACAUAAGGCUGGGGAGAGGGCGAGUGGAAAUACUCAUACACAUACACAUACGCAUACGGAUAAUACGAAUGCCGACAGAUUGAAAGCACAGUCGAGUGGUGGUGAGGGUAUGGUGGAGGAUGAAACCGAGGAUCUAGACGAUUUGGAUCUGACAGAAUUGAAUAGCGGGGAUGAUUUACUACCAGAUGAGGAAGAGGGUGGUGUAAGGAGGUGCGGAGCUGGAGCGCAUAUUACGAAUAGAGCAGCAGAGAGAGGGGGCACGGAUCCCAAUGGCAUUGCGACUUCGAGUGGGGAACACUUUAAGGUUUAUAAACGGAGGUGGUUUGGAUUGGUACAAUUGGUUCUGUUGAACAUUAUUGUUAGUUGGGAUUGGUUAACCUUUUCUGCAAGUUCGACGACUGCCUCCCAGUAUUACAAUGUAUCCGAAUCAGCAAUUAAUUGGCUGAGCACUGGCUUCCUCUUCGCAUUUGUGGUGGCUAGUCCCUUUGUCAUCUACGUCUUACACCACGGGGGACCUAAACCUGCGAUUCUCAUUGCUUCCGUGCUUUUACUACUGGGGAAUUGGAUUCGAUAUGGUGCUACAAGAUCUGGUCCGCAUGGCAACUUUGGAGGAGUCAUGUUUGGACAGAUUUUGACGGGUAUCGCUCAACCGUUUGUACUGGCGGCGCCAACUAGAUACUCGGAUUUGUGGUUCUCAAAUAGGGGCAGAGUGGCUGCGACUGCGGUUAUGAGUUUGGCUAAUCCCUUUGGGGGUGCGCUGGCUCAAUUGAUCGAUCCUUCUUGGGCUGGGAGUCUGGGGAAUAUACCUAAUAUGGUUCUGUACAUUGCAAUUAUUUCCUCCGCAGCUACCAUUCCUUCCUUCUUCAUUCCAAAGGAGCCACCGACCCCCUGCUCCGCAUCUUCAGGAGAACCAAAACAUGCACUAGGUCCCUCGAUUCGCUUCCUCCUCAGAUCACCCGAAUUCUAUAUGAUUAUGCUCCCAUUCUGGUUCUACGUGGCCCUCUUCAACAGUAUCUCCUCCCUCAUCAACCAAAUCCUCUCCCCCUACUCCUUCACCGAGACCAACGCCGGUAUCGCAGGCGCUCUCCUCAUAGUCGUUGGUCUCGUCGCCGCAGCCAUCACCUCCCCCCUCAUCGACAAAACCAAAACCUACCUCCUCGCCAUCAAAAUCCAAAUCCCCAUCCUAGGCAUCUGCUACCUAGCUUUUACCUGGGCCCCCCAAACCAGAAGCCUCGCAGCUAUCUACGCCAUCCUCUCGAUUCUCGGCGCCGCUUCUUUUAGUCUCGUCCCUGUUGCCCUCGAAUACCUGAUUGAGAUUACACAUCCGGUUUCCCCAGAAGUUACAAGCACGAUUUGUUGGUCUGGAGGCCAGUUGCUGGGGGGUAUCUUUAUCAUUGCAAGUGAUGCGUUAAGGGCAAAGGGUGUCUCGGAUGGAUCGCAUGAUGAUGGGAGUACGAGACCGCCGGGGCAUAUGUAUAAUGCGCUGGUCUUUCAAGCGGUCCUGGCGUUAGUGGUGAUUCCGCUGCCGUUGGCAUUGGGGUGUUGUGGAAGGAGAAGUGGGGUCAGAAUGAGGAGGUUGGAGGCGGAUACGGAGGCUAGUGAGAGGCAUAGUAGAGGAUUUACGGAGGGUGGAGACGCGAGUGAAGGAAGAGGAGUACUGGGUUGA